AUGUUGUUUUACAUACAUGGUGGUGGAUUUAUUGCUUUAAAUUCUCAAUCACAGGAUAACUUUCUACGUGUAUGGGCUGAACAAUUGGACUGUCCGAUUUUGUCUGUUGACUAUUCACUCGCACCUGAAGCUCCCUAUCCUCGUGCAUUAGAAGACUGUUAUUAUGCCUAUUGUUGGGUGGCAUUAAAUCGAGAGCGUUUAGGUUGUACAUCUGAUGCAUGCAUCAUUAUCGGUGGGGAUUCAGCUGGUGGGAAUCUAGCUUUAGGUGUUUGUAUGCGUGCUACACAAGAGAAUAUACUUGAUAACCCUGCGGGUAUAUUUCUAGCUUACACACCUAUACUGGUUUCCCUUACACCAUCUCCAUCAAGAUUGUUAUCUCUAUGCGAUCCUUUACUUCCUAUUGGAGUACUUGCAAAAUGUCUAUUAGCUUACGCCGGUGUUGAUGAAACAACUUUAAAUCCGCAAAGUGUUUCUGAUAGUAAUGUUGAAAACUCUACCAAUGAGGAAAGUCAAGAGAAUUCCCCAGCCAAUCUAUUAUGGUCGCGUUUAUUUUCCACCUUCUGGUUCGGUGCAUCCAAAGGAGAAGACUCUAAUAACACUGAACCUAGUUAUCUACGCAGGUCUUCAAAUGUGACAACCUCUUCCUAUCCCUCACAUUUUCGAGGUCAAAGAGAUUGUUCUGUACCCAACAAUCUGCCAAUGUUCAGUGGACAUUCUCAAUCGAUGACGCCGCUCAACGAACCCCCUACACCUCGUAAAUCUUUGAAACUGGACGAACCAGAAUCACCCAACCUCAAUUCCAACCAAUCGAGUUUCAGUACAAUGCAAACUACUUUUCACUGUGAAGACAACUCACCUGAAGAUAAUUUGCAUCCUUCUAACCAUUCUACUGAAAUGGAAUUUUCUCCAGAUAAUCAUCCGCGUAGACCACCAACAGAUUUAAAUCAUGUUCGCAAUAUUCAUAUUUCACAGGAUGCAUACAUGUCCCCGUAUCUAGCUUCAGAUGAUAUGCUACGUAGAUUACCGCCUAUGGCCAUUAUUUGUUCACAAUUCGAUCCAUUUUUGGAUGAUGCUAUUGAAUUGGCUAAACGUGUCUCAAAGCUUAACAUCUCAGUAGAUAUACGUGUACUGGAAGAUUUACCACAUGGAUUUCUCAACUUUUGUCUAUUAGGCCCAGAAUUUCAAAAGGCCAAUAAGAUUUGUUUACAAAUGGUUAGUAAACUAUUGGAUGGAUGUUAUAAAAGUGAAUCAUCUACUACAGAUAACUCACAAGAUGCUUAUUAAUAAUUUACUUCAGAGCAUGACUGAUUUUUGCCAUAACUACUACUUUAUUGUUCACGUAUAUAUUAGUAAGUAGCUACUGUUGUUUAACACUAGUAUCGUUAAAUUAUUUUCUGACUGAUUAUUACACGGUAUAAGAUUACUGAAUACCCAUAUCCAUGUAUGUACUAUCCAUCCUGUCUCUGUUUCUGAUCCAUCCUCACUUACAACGUGCAUAUAGACGAACAGAUGGAGCACAUUCACAUAACACAUAAUGUAUUACUUAACAUUUCAC